AUGUACCGUACAAGCAAGUCCAUUAAGAAUAUGACAACCUCAAAUGGAAAGCAGGUAGCUCUCGGCUAUGUCAAAAAAACCAACGCAUGGGAGAGGCCCUUCCUACCGAAGAUCACUCAGGACAUGUUCGUCGACGUGGCUGAAAAGUACAAGGAUACUUUGAAACCCGAAACAGUCGAGGUCGCCAUGAAGGAGUCCGAUAGCCCAAAUGAUGCAGCCCAGCACUGGUCAACACUGGAAAUCGACAAAGACGAAAAUGUGAUCGCUGUAAAGCACUAUUACAAGUGA